CCUUCACUCAGUUUAUGGAUUGAUAAAGUUUCUGAAAUACAUCUGAUGGAAAAGAUAACAUACUCUGUGAGACUGCAGAGGUUUGCUGGAAGGUGGAGCCCUGCCUUGAUUUUGCCCAAAGCCUUGACUCCCCCUGAACCAGUUUUGGUUUGUGUUCCUGCGCUCAGCUGGCAGAUUGCUUCUGUCUCGUGAUCUAUAACUCCAGUCUUUACCGUCUAAAUAAGGACUUCCUGUCUGCAGUUACUGGAAGCUGCCAUAUUGGUGUCAACUAACUAUCCUCUCCGGAAAGACUCCACUCUGAGCUGGAAGUAUUCUUUGUUUGCCGGUUUCGUGAAUCAUUAAAUGUUCCAAGAUAAACAAGAAAUCCUUUGAUGAGGAGUGAAAUUAUGAUCCUGUUGCUGAAGUGAGGUGUACUCUAGAUUUGGCAAAUUCUCUGUAAGGAGUUGUGCUGUCACUGCACUGGAAGUACAACCAUCAACAAGCCGGAAACACUUACAAAAUGUCCUGGUUUGGAGCUAUGCCCUGUACAUCUCUUCCCUGUUUGCCCUGCCUAGCACCCCGAUCAGUUUUUUCCAUUGGACUGCUGCUUCUGGUCCUUUGGGACCCCUCGCAAGUCAGUUGCCAGAAUGAUACAGAGCCAAUUGUGCUGGAGGGGAAGUGUCUGGUGGUCUGCGACUCCACCCCCUCAGCUGAGCCAUCGGGUAACGCUCUGGGGAUGUCGGUGAGGUCCGGAACCGGGAGGGUGGCGUUUUCAGCUAUCCGUAACACCAACCAUGAGCCGUCGGAGAUGAGCAACCGCACCAUGACCAUCUACUUCGACCAGAUCCUAGUAAACGUUGGCAGCCACUUUGAUCCUGCAAGGAGUAUCUUCGUGGCCCCCAGAAAAGGAGUCUACAGUUUCAGCUUUCAUGUUGUCAAAGUGUACAACCGGCAGACGAUACAAGUGAGUUUGGUUCUCAAUGGCUGGCCGGUGAUCUCAGCCUUCGCAGGUGAUCAGGAUGUGACCCGGGAAGCUGCUACCAACGCUGGACUGGUGAUAAUGGAGAGAGGGGACAAGGCUUACCUCAAACUGGAGAGGGGCAACCUGAUGGGAGGGUGGAAGUUUUCAACCUUCUCUGGGUUUCUGGUGUUCCCCUUGUAGGUUUGGUGAAGGUGGGAUGGAGAACAAGCUCUCAUUGUUGUGAAAGGGGGGAAGAACAGGCGACAGGGUAUCAAUAAAAUUGUUUAAUUUCACAGAGAUUAUAGUGGGUAAAAGUUGAAAUCCGUACUGAGGUUGGAUAUGACAGCAAACUGGUUUGAUGCAUUGAUAUGUAUCAAAUUAACCAUGAAUGUAUUUUACAUUUCCAUCCUUCUAUUUUUGGUUGUGUGUUGUCCAACUACUGUAAUGUGUCGUAUAUGCUUGCUAACACCAGGUUUCAAAUUGUCAGAGAUUGUGACUUUCCAUAAAUGCACGACAUACAGAGAAACAAGUCUUUGAGUGAGUCAAUAAAGAAAAUCCUGGUAUCU